AUUGAGUGUACCUCGUGUAACGCUAAGCUUAUUAUCCUUGAAAUUUAUCUUUUGAAAUAAUUCACUUUUUUGCGUUUUCACACGAGAAAAUUCGCAAAGAAAAGGCAAUUUUGCGUGAAAUUACGCGGAAAAAUCGACGUCGAAUUCAAUGAAAUUCGAAAAAUGAGUCAUAAAACGAUGGGAAAAUCAGUGCUACUGCUCCUACUACAAAUUUUCAUAUUUACACAGAAGGAUUUCUGUCAUGCGAAAAAUAUCAACAUUACCAAUUCAUGGACAUUGCCAGGUCUCGGGUAUCCCGUGUUCUAUCGAUAUUUCCGCGACAAAAUAACGUGGUACGAGGCAGAUGCAGUUUGUCAAUUUCAUCAUGCCAAUCUGGCGACAGUCAACAAUGGUGCGCAAUUCGAUGCUGUUCAUGCAUUACUAAAAGAGAUUGAUGUCAGUACAAAUACGUGGAUUGGACUCACUCGCCCGGAAGGUAGUGAAAGAUUUAAAUGGACGAAUCAUAAAGAAUCCAGCUUGAGUACUCCAUAUUGGGCUGAAGCAUUGCCAGUUGGAGGGGGAUCCUUGUGUGCUGCAAUCGAUCCUGCUCAAGACUUCCGAUGGCAUGCGAUGCAUUGUGGAGGACCCUCAGCAGCGAGUUUUUUGUGUGAAAUGAAAGUUCCUGAUUGGGCCUUUAAAUGCACCACAAAUUCUCUUUCGACAACGACAUAUUACGACACGGAAAGCGGCAAAAUCCACUUAACUCACAUGUGUGACAAGGACACGAUGAAAAUGGCGGCUUGCACAAGCGAAACGAAAGCUGCCACGAUUGAACGCGAACUUAACUGCGAUGCCAUUGAAGAAAGUCCGUUAAGUCCUGAACUAGCUGCUGAAUUCAAGGAAUUUUACGAAGGAAAACCCAAGAAAAAGACUUCGUGGAAAAAAGUUUCGGUAGCUGACAAAAAAUAUUCCAAAAUUCCCAAAUUCGUGAGUCAAUUGAUCGAUGACGACGAGAUGAUGCAAGGAGACGAACCGAUCAAAUCGCAAGACGCGACAACCGAAAGCGCUUCCACAACUGAAGGAAUUUCAACUUCCACAGAACCUUUUUCGAGUUCUUCCUUUUCUGGAUCUUCCGAUGGCGACACGGAUUCGUCUGCCGCUUAUUACACGGAUUUCACCGAAGAUUCUUCCUUUGAUGAUCGCACGAAACGCGAAACGGUUCCCGAAUCUUCCACAGUCUCGAUGAUGCUCCCGAAUGGCGUGAAGAAACACUCGAGCAGCAAACACGGCUUCAGCACAAAUGACUUUGCCAAGCAUCGAGGACGUAAAUUGGGCAAAUCCAAUCCGCAAUUAUUCUCGCCGCAAGUGAUGCGAAAGGAAUUUGAUCGUCCCCGCAUCUCGAACAUCACGACGCAAAAGAGCGACAACAAGAAACAACAAACGGGUGACAUGUUUGUGCCUCCAAUGUUGCUUGUCAAGUCGAAUUUCCCGCAUCACACGAUCGAAAAUCGCCCAAUUGCCACGACAGAACCCACUUCGCAUCACUCCACGGAACAAGGUUUCACGGAUUUUGAUAAUUUCAACGAGACUUUUGACUCGGAAGUUGUCACGGACGACAUUUUGCUCGAAAAUUUCACUCACAGCACGGAAUCGCCGAGCAUCGAGACCACAAUUGGCACUGCGAUGAAUACCACACGCAAUAAUACCGCCGUUUCUGACGGGGUUUCGCCCGCUCCGACGACUCCCGCGCCAAUUACGGUGCCCGAAAAGAUGAAACCCCACACGGAAGCAUUGAAAUCGCACGAAGUGACACGAAAACCAGGCAGCGAAGAGUCCUCGGCGGAAAAUCAUCUCGAGAAUCACGAAAAUAACGGGCUAAAUGGCGAAGAUGCGGAACCUUACAAGCCAAAUAGACAUCGCGUUUUGACCGAAGGACCGAGUAAUAAUUACAUCAAGAAGGUUUUGGGUUAGAAAAGUAGAUUUUUUUCAAAGAAAGCGAAAUUCGAAUUUACUAAAAACUGGGAAAAAUCAAAAGAAUAAAUUUUGUAAACCUCUGUGGGAGGUCUUUUAAAUCGUCGAACUCGUGCAAUUUGCGAGGAAAAACAUGCUUAACCUUAAAAAACUUGAACAAAACAUAUGAUAGAGUUAAUCCAAGCCAUCCAAUAUUUAUUAAAAUUAAUUAAUAAUUGCAAUUGUGAACGUGAUUUUGUCACGUAAUGAUUAUAUUAUGGUAGAUCGAAUAGCAAAAAACCGAUCAAUUUUUAAUGAAGUAUGCCUAAAAAUGUCUAAAAAUCUAUUUCUGUAGAGCAGGAUCCUGAUAUUUUCUGCUAAACUUAACGAAAUG